AUGGCUGCUCCCGCCGAAAAGACCAUUUCUGACCUCAGUGGUAAAUGGGUUCUCAACAAGACUCUUUCCGACAGCUCUGAGCCUAUCCUCAGCUUGCAGGGAAUCGGAUACCUCACUCGUAAGGGAAUUGGCUUGGCCACCAUCAGCCUUGAUAUCAACCAGUACAACGCCCCUCCCAAGCCCCCCAACACAUCCACCGACGUUUUCACCCACAUCGACAUCACCCAGUCUGCCUCUGGCCUGAGCAGCACUCACGAGAACCGCUGUCUCGACUUCAACAACCGUGAGCACUCGGACUGGCUCUUCGGUGCCGUCAGGGGUCGAUCCAGGUUCGUCACUCUCGAUGAGAUUGAGGAUGACUUCCUCAAGACUGGCUGGCUUACCGAGGGCGAUGGCAAGUUCAUCCAGAGCAUUGCUGAAAGCAUCGACAACGGCUGGGUCGCCAAUCAGAUCUGGGGCUUCGAGGAGAUCAACGGCGAGAGGAGAUAUGUGAGGCACAUCUUGGUGACCAAGGGUGACAAGAGGGUCACCGCCAAGCUCAUCUACGACUACCAGGCUUAG